AUGGGCAGAUGCUUCCCACUUCACUUUGAAUUUGACUUCUUCGCAACAAAGCACUCUGAAUAUGCGGUUGUCAAUGUUGGCUUCUAUCGUCACUCUAAGCAUCUUCGUGCAAAAGACCACGAUAGCCAUCUACGUGGAACCACCGCCGAAUUAAAAGUUACGGAAGAUACAACGGCUGUAAAAGAGAAGUUGCCUCAGCAAGAAGCUGGACCUCAUAGAGGUGAAGUUGCAGAACUUUCACAUUUGUUUGCACUUAAAGAUCCACGUGAUCGACCCCGGUCAAUUAAGAUGGGUCUCUCCAAAGCCGAGGUUAAAGCUUUGGAAUUCCUCAAUGGGUUUUAUGGCCCUGGAAACAAGCCUUUUAAUCGUGGACACUUGAAUUCCGAAGCUGUUGACUUUCUUGAUUCUAUUUUAUUUGAGAAUCAUGGAGCAGGUUCAGGAGCACACGUUUCGUCCAUAAAUAAAGACAACAUCUCACAAGAAUUGCCCCUACACCACAUUUGUACACAAUCAAUCGAAAUGGAAGAACUUUAUUAG